AUGGGCGCCGUUCGAAAACUCAUCGUGGAAGUUGUGGACGCUCACCACCUUGUCCCGAAGGACGGGCACGGCAGCUCCAGUCCCUACGUGGUGGUCGACUUCAAUGGCCAGCGGAGGAAGACUCGGACCGCCAUUCGAGACUUGAACCCAGUCUGGAAUGAAACGCUGUCGUUCAAUGUCGACGGGCACUCUCAGUCUCACAUCUUUGGCGACAUGCUCGAACUCGACGUUUACCACGACAAGAACUACGGUGCCACACGGAGGAACAACUCCCUCGGUAGAAUCCGCCUCAGCUCCUCGCAGUUCGUCAACAAAGGCGAAGAGGCUUUGGUUUACUACGAGUUGGAGAAAAAGCACUUGCUCAGCAUGAUCCAAGGCGAAAUUGGUUUGAAAAUCUAUUACAUCAACGAACAGGUAAUUCCUCCUCCACCUCAAAAAGAGGAAGCACCGCCGAAGAAGGAAGCGGAGACGGUGGAGAAAGUACAAGAAACACCUCCACCACCACCGGAAGGUGAGAAACCUAAAGAAGUAGAAAACACAGAAACUAAACCACUUCCAGAUCCAACUGUAUCUGAAAAAUUACCAGAACCAGAACCAGAGGAAAAACAAGCUGAAAAUGAUGAAAAACCGUUAGAAGGUGGAGAUGAGGUGGAUCCGUUACCACCUGAUGUGAAUUUGGACGUGAAGGCACAGUCUGUGUCAAGGUCAAAUUCGGAAAUAAGGUUCGGGGGAAUUAACGGUCCUCCCCCUCCGGCGUUGAAAAGGUCUGCGUCAGCGACGAGUUUCGCAGCGUCAGAGGCGUCGAGUGAGAGCAGCGUGUUGAUGGAACGGUCGUCGUUUGAUCUUGUUGAGAAGAUGCACUACCUGUUCGUGCACGUGGUGAAAGCGCGGUACCUUCCCACCAAGGGUAGCCCCGUCGCGAAGAUCGCGAUUUCGGGACAGCACCACGUCACGUCCAGGCCAGCGCGCAAAACCACCGUGUUCGAAUGGAACCAGACAUUCGCCUUCGCCCGCGACUCUCCGGAUUCCAUCUCCUCUUCGGUCCUCGAAAUCUCCGUGUGGGACCCACCCGCGUCUGAAGCUUUAUUUGGUGGGGUGUGUUUUGACGUGAAUGAGAUUCCAGUGCGGGACCCACCAGACAGCCCGCUGGCCCCACAGUGGUACAGGUUGGAAGGCGGUGGGGCCCUGCACAGCGACCUCAUGAUUGCCACGUGGAUAGGAACACAAGCUGACGAAUCGUUUCCCGACGCGUGGAAGAGCGACACAGUUGCUAAUGUCAAUGCCAGAGCCAAAGUUUAUCAGUCGCCGAAACUGUGGUAUCUCCGCGCCACUCUUGUCGAAGCUCAAGACCUUCUUCCGCAGUUGAAUACGUCCAAGGAAGCGUGUUUUCAGGUGAAGGCCAAACUGGAAUUCCAGGUACUGAAAUCCAAAAUGGUGGUAACUCGAAAUGGAAACGUUUCAUGGAACGGUGAAGAUUUCAUAUUCGUGGUGGCAGAGCCAGUGAGCGACCACCUCGUGUUUACUUUGGAAAACCGACAACCGGAAGCGCCGGUGACAGUGGGCGUUCUGAGAAUACCUUUGCUCGCUAUAGAGAGGAGGGUGGAUGACCGGAUCGUCCCGUCGCGGUGGUUCACGUUCGACAACCCCAACGAGAACGAUGACCACACCUGCAAAGCGAGCAUGCCCAGGGUGCACCUGCGCUUGUGCUUCGACGGUGGGUACCACGUGAUGGACGAGGCAGCGCACCUGUGCAGCGACUACCGCCCCACGGCAAGGCAGCUGUGGAAGCCUCCGGUUGGAACGUGCGAGCUCGGCAUUAUCGGUUGCAAGAACUUGCUACCGAUAAAGACGGUAAACGGUAAAGCCACCACCAACGCGUACUGCGUGGCCAAGUACGGUAACAAAUGGGUUCGUACGCGAACAGUUUCGGAUAACACAGAACCCAGGUGGAAUGAACAGUACACAUGGAAGGUUUACGAUCCCUCAACUGUUUUAACUAUUGGAGUAUUCGAUAGUUGGUCAGUGCCAAUGAUCGUUGAUAACGAUAACGACCAGAAUCGUGAUCAAACCCCUAGCGAACCUGAUUUCCGUAUAGGAAAAGUACGAGUACGUAUUUCUACGCUGCAAACAGGGAGAGUGUAUAGAAAUACGUACCCGCUACUGAUGCUAACUCCCGAAGUGGGGUUGAAAAAAAUGGGUGAAAUCGAGAUAGCGAUCAGGUUCGUUCGCACGACACAGCGGCUGGAUCUCCUCCACGUUUACUUGCAGCCGAUGUUACCUUCAAUGCACCAUAUGAAACCGUUAGGGGUUGUGCAGCAGGAGGCACUGCGGAGCACGGCGGUGAGAUUGGUGGCGGGGCACUUGGCGAGGGCGGAGCCGCCGCUGAGGAAGGAGGUGGUAUUUUACAUGCUGGACGCGGAUUCGCACAACUUCAGCAUGAGGAAAGUGCGCGCAAACUGGUACAGGAUAAUAAACGUGGUGGCGGGGGUGAUUGACAUCGUGCGGUGGGUAGAGGACACGCGCGGAUGGAGGAAUCCAAUGGCCACAGUUCUGGUGCACGCGCUCUUAGUGAUGUUAGUGUGGUUCCCUGACCUCAUUAUUCCGACUUUCUGUUUCUAUGGCUUCGUGGUGGGCGCGUGGAACUACAGAUUCCGGGCACGUGAUCCGUUGCCGCAUUUUGAUCCAAAGAUUUCGCUGGCGGAGGUGGUGGAGAGAGAGGAGCUGGACGAGGAGUUCGACGCCGUGCCUAGUGGGAGGGAGAGUGAGGUGGUGAGCGUGAGGUAUGAGAGGCUGCGGACGCUAGGCGCGCGCGUGCAGACGGUUCUGGGCGAUUUGGCGACCCAGGGGGAGCGCGUGCAAGCGGUGGUGACAUGGCGGGACCCACGCGCAACGGGGAUGUUUGUCUUCAUGUGCUUGAUGGUGGCAAUGGUGCUUUAUAUGGUGCCGUCGAAGAUGGUGGCUAUGGCUUCGGGGUUUUACUACCUCCGACACCCUGUCUUCCGUGACCGCUUGCCCUCGCCGGCGGUGAACUUCUUUAGAAGACUGCCCUCUUUGUCGGAUCGUAUUAUGUAA